AUGUUCAAACGCAUACCCCUUGAACUCUUUUUCAAAAUCUUUGCAAGAUUGCCUGUGAAAUCUCUAUUGCAGUCGAGACGUGUUUGCAAAUCUUGGAACGCUUUAAUUAGCAGCCCAAGUUUUGUAAGCGCGCAUCUCGACUGGAAUGCCAGGAAAAGUGCUGGUGGUUAUCUACUUAUCAGCACUAGCAAUGCAGAGUGUUUGUCACUCUUUUGUGCUCAAACAUAUGUCAAGUGUUUGGAUUUUGAGCUUCCUAGGGACUUGAUCAGUUUCGGUUUCUCUGUUUUCAGUUCAUGCAGUGAUUUGGUUUGCAUAUCUGAUGCUACAUUUGACAAUUGUACGUAUCUAUGGAACCCGUCAAUUAGAAAAAUGAAGAGACCUCAAAUGCCUCAUUUGUUGCAUGCAAUUCGCUAUCACUACACUCGGGAUAGAAGUGCAUGCUUGAAUGGAGUUGUGUAUUGGAUUGUUGAGGAUUUCUCUCCACGUUGCUACUCUAUCCUAUCAUUUGAUCUGCGCAGCGAGAGUUUCCAGACCAUGACGCUUCCUGAAAGACUAGUAAGCGUGAUCAAGACAACUAGAAAAGAAAACUGGCAUUCCCGAGAGUUGGUUUUAUAUGAUCCUAAAUCACAACAGGUUAAGGAUACAGGAAUCGAACUAAGUUUUUAUGGCUUGAGCAGAUACAUUGAGGUGUAUAACGAGAGUCUAGUUUUACUUGACUGA